UUCUACCUUAUCUUCGUUCCCCACAAUUGCAUCUUAUUCGCUUGUUUUUUGGUAUACCUGUGUACAUAGUUAGCGCGAUGGAUUAUGGGAAAACAUCCUCGAAGCAACAUGCAAUGACCAAUCUCUUCACUCAAAAUACAGACGUUCUAAGAUAAGCAUUGUAAAAUCCAGAUAUCAGCUUAGUCGACACCGAAAGCCAUAAUGAGCUCAAACGUGACCUCAGGGGAAGGUGACGAAUCAGAUGAUGAUACAUGUCAAUCACUGUCAUUCAUGAAGAAUACAAUGGUUACGAGUACAAUGGUGUCCGGUGAAGCAUCAGAAACUGAUGAGGAAGAUGAUGCUGAUGAUCAACAGGAAUCAGCUGAUGAUGACAAAAUGCACCAAGAACCAGUAGAGAUAGAUAUUGGGGAUACUGCUAUACCUAUAAAAAUUGAUAAUCUGGAGGUGGAAGAUCCUUUGGCCACAAAACAGAGCAAAGUCAGACGACAGAAACUUGUCUUCAAACAUGAUACACCUAUGCACAGGAAGCUUAGGGAGAGAAAUCUUCAGCUCCGAAGUAGCCUAGUAGAGGGCACCACACAACUUUACAAGGCAGCCUCCAACAAGCUGCAGAGCUCUGGAUUCUUUCUGAAUAAGGCACAGGCUGCUGCUGAGGAGGUUGCAUAUCAGUCUAAAGUCAUUCUAGAAGACCUGGAUGCCCUGCAAGUGGCUCUUCAAAGCAUUGUGGACAUGUCCGUCUUGCCAACAAUACACACAAAGUACUCUUCAUCAUAAUAUGCACUUGUCCCAGAUUAUACAAACCGAAUGCUUGUCAUGGUCUUAGGGGCCCGCAUUUCUUACCAAUUUCACAUAACAUACUCAUCAGACUGAUAGAUAUUGAAGCACAAGAGGCUUAAAAGGUUGUUUCUGUAUAGAGUAUGUAACAGAUUAUUAGUUUCGGAAUCAUUCUAGAUUAUCUGCUAGUCAACUAAGAAGCAGUGCAAAACUUCCGCAUGUUUGAACCUUUGGGAUUGAAUGAUCAUUUAUUAGAUUGUAUCAGGGAUGGCAGUCCUAAUCAUGACUUCACUGUGAAAUUAUGCAUAUACCUAGCCAGGAUAAUGAGUGUGUGUGGGGGGAUGGACGUUUACCCAAGAGCACUUUUUCUAGGUAUUUAUCCUAGCUCACUGUCUUACUGAAUUCUCGUUCACCAGAGCAGACCUUCCAGUGGUGUGGUGUAAUUCCUUCCAUCCCCUCCCCCCUCAUCCUCCUGGCUACUGGAUUGUAUAUAUGGCUAGAUGAUUUAAAAGAUAUAGAAUUUAUAAAAAUAGAAGUAUGUUUAUAAGAUAUCAUCUGAAAUUAAAAACUUCUUUCUGUG